GGAACUACAGCUCGUUCUGUCGCGUCUGUUUGCAGAAAUGUCCUCUAAAAUCGCUUCUGGGGUUUUGAAACUAACUCAGCGCGUUAGGUUUGGUCAGAGUGGUUUUGUUACUUCGACGUGCAGUGGAAAACUGAGGGUUGAACAUGACCGACUCAACCGACGCUUCACCGUCGCUCCGAGCAGCGGCGCAGGAACUGAUGACUGUGCAGUUCUGUCCUACAGGUUCAUCGGGGAGAAGGAGGUGGACCUGAUGUCCACCUUUGUACCUGAGACCUUCAGAGGCCAUGGCAUCGCCGCGCUGCUCUCACAGGCUGCUGUGGACUUCCUGUUGGAGGAGAACCUAAAGGCUCGGGUCUCCUGCUGGUACAUCAGACGGUACAUUGAAGAACAGCCUCAGCAGCUGUGUAAAGACCUCCUCAUCACCUGACUGUUUAUGGACCAMCCUCAUCAUCCCAGUCAGAUGGGACUUGAAUUAAAUAUUUGAAUUAUUAUUUAAUGAACUGUUAUUAAAAAGUGCUGGCUGACAGUGAGCACCUGCAGCUCCACCUGGACCAGAACAACAGGUCUGAGAGAUGGGUUGAUUAAAUGUUAAGUGCAUUUAUAAAGGAAAAAURAUUAUGUACAGACAAUUGUGCCCUAUUUUAUUAAAUUAUGCUUUUUAAUGCAUUUGUAUAGUUGAUURUAUUGAUUUUUGCUCAUUUAUUUAUUAAAAUCAAAUGUAAUUUGA